AUGGCUCCGGAAGUUAGGCAAGAGAAAGUGGUGCCGAUUGAACAACGUUUCAAGUGUGAUAUCUAUGGAAUGGGACUGGUUAUUUGGGAGACAAUGACGAGAAGACCUUUUCUACGAAAAGAAAAAUACUACAACCAGGAAGAUCAGCAAGGAAAUACCCCAGGAGCGCAGCUCUUAUCCCUUGUGCAAAAAACGCUGGAGCUGGAGACGGACUUCGAUGAUUUGAUCAUGAACUUUCGGCUACGGGGUCAUCAAUAUUGGACCGAACGUGGCUGGCAACUCGGUUUCGACGCAUGGGACGACAUGGUCCCUGAUCUAUGGAUCUCCUCUACCUCAGAUACGGGCUACGAGGUGGCGACGGCGACACCAUAUGGCGUCAAUCAUCCCUGGAUGAGUUGGCCGGGCACCAAGUGGGAGAUUCGGAUGGAUUUUGAGGCCGUGCGACGGGCUAGCGUGAAUUCGGCGCGUUACGGGUCGCAGUUUACCAGACCGGUCGGAGAAAUCCUAAAGCGCGCACUGGCCGAUCGGGUGCGGUCAAUGGGUCGUUUCGACGCUUACCCGGAAAUUGAGAACUGGGCAUCAUAUGAGAACGUAAGGUCGAGGUGGGCUGAACGCUGGGAUCGCGUAGAAGAAUUGGAAACCCUGCCUCUGAAAUACGUUUUCAACCCCAACCGGCCACCGACAGUCGGCGAUGAAAGAGCAUGGCCGUUUAGCUUGAAGACCCAGUGGGAUGCUCCGCCCCCUAAAUCCAAGGCACUCCCAACGCCUAAACAAAAGGCAUUCAUCGAUGCUCACGCGUUCUAUGAACGCGCUUUUCGCUACCUAAUCUAUUGGCAGUUGCGUCAAAAACAAUUUAUUCUACACUUGCUCAUCGACGAUUUACUAGCCAAAACCGAAGCACUUGGCGAUGACAUCCCGGCGUACCCAAUUUUCGUCAUGGGAAAUGGGGAUCACUUUGGUGCCCUACUCGUGUUGUGGAAGAAGGAAUCGCUCGGCUUUGAUCCUGAAGUUCCGCUACUACGCGGGCCGGGCUUCACACCUAUACAGAUAAUUGAUGCGGCUCUACAUCUUGAGGAUGCGCAUUAUUAUGGCAAAAACACCGACGACGAAUGGUCCCACCAACUUCGUCAAAAAUGGGAUGAUCGCAUUUAUUCGGAUAUGCCAGAUUGCUAUACGGGCGUUAUGAUGGUCCAUUUCUCCGAACUGCGGCCAAUUUUGGCAAAAAUCGCCGCCCGAUUGCGCGUGUUUAUCAAAAUGGGCGACCCCCAGUUGGGUGACUACAAAAUUCAGCUUGAUGACGUGCAGCUCGCAGAGAAAAUGGCCUACGAGCAAGAUAUGCAACAAGAAUUUGACAAUUUUUGGAGCUCGAGGAAAAUCAUAAAAGUAGCUGACGUGAAAGUUGACGAGCUGAAACGCGAGAUUAUCGCCUUGCAAUUAAAACACGACGAUGCCGUGCGAUCAUCAAAACCUAGAAAGAAGAAAAGGGGCAAAGGAGGGAGAACAUGCUAUUUGAAUCGGCUUCGACAUCGGUUCACCAGCCAAAGAAUCUUGGCUACCACG